CGUCAACUAAGUUUCUUCACUCUCCACUUCAUAUAUCAACUUCAUUCUAAACAAUUAGAAAGAACAAAUUAUACAUGUCUCCACAAACAUAAAGAAUAUUAAAUUUUUAAGGAAAAUAUAUUAUUUAGAAUAUUAAAUAUACCGAGAAAGUAAUUAUAUGUGUGUGGGCGGGUACCCAUGGGUUUACCUAAACCCAAACCCAACCCGACCAGGUGAAUAGUGUAGCGGGUUUAAACCCGAACCCGGCCCAAAACCCGUCAACACGAAUUUUACCCGUGUUGACCGGGUUGGGUCGAGUGGAUACCCGUGGGUUCGGGUUUUGUUGUCAUCCCUAAUUACAAGGGAUAAGGCUUGAGGGAGGGAGAGAGAGAGAGAGCUUAAGACUAAUUCUAGAGAGAGAAGUUUCUUGUUUUCUAGGGAGAGAAUUCAGAAAUCGAUCCCCUUACCCACCGGGGUAAAUGCUCUAUUCAUAGGCUACCUUCCGGUGGGUGGGUUUCCGAGGUGACAUGACAUUUGGAAGAAGAGACAGAAGGUUAGGGUGUAUGAUGAGGUCUAUAAGUAAGACGUGACAGCUUUGUCAGUAAUACGGUGUCGUCCCUACUCUUUAUGCACGGGUAGUGCUGUCGCGCAGACGCCUCUUUUGGUGACCGGCGCGGUCUGCCCUGUCCGUCUGGGGUAAGAUAAUGAUGUUCUCCGUGUCGUGACGCUUUCUGUUUGGAUACUCGUGGAAUGACGGUUUUCGCGCGAGUUGGAGUGUUUGGGUCGCUCUUUCCCUUGGCAUUUUCUUAAUCUUUCUUAGAGUGGUAAUCAGCGUGUGCCUAUUGAAACGGAUGAGCGAGCGUGCGUCUGUUGGAGGGAAUGGACCCAAGCCAUGCCCCCCAACGGACCUUAACACCGACAAGAAUUAUGAUGUGAUUGAUGAUAGUUUGAACUUUGAAUUAGUUAACCUAUAAAACUUGAGGGACUGCGAUGGAAAAUAAAUUGAGUUAGUGGACUAGAAGUUAAGUUCGUUGACAGGAAUUCCAAUUUACCAGAGAAGCGGGUAUUUAUUUGUCGGCCGUCGGCUCGUUAACUGGUUAGAUCACCGGAAAAAAGAAGCGGAGAGGCGAAUGUCGGACCCGUACGAGAGAGUGAAAGGAGGCAGACUCGCCUUCAAGGGCGGCGAAGUUGCCCUCUCUAGCAAAGCCAUCGCCAAGAAAAAGAAGAACAAGAAGAAGCAAAAGCAGAAGAAAUCGACACUGGACGACGGCGACGUGACGCAGAAAUUGGAGGGCGGCGAAGUCGCCGAUGCUUCAGGAAGAGAAGGAGCUGCCGGUGGCGCUGAGGUUUAUACAAUUGACGCCGCGAAGAAGAAGAAGUACGAGGAUCUCUUCCCGGUCGAGGCCAAGAAGUUCGGUUACGACCCCAAGGCCACGGAGAAGACGGUGGAGGACGCUCUCGACAAUCGCGUCAAGAAGAAGGCCGAUCGUUACUGUAAAUGACGAUUGCCUCUUGUUGAAAUUGACGUUUCCCUCGUUUACAAUUCAGGUCAGGCUUCUUCUCUGUUACCAGGGUUAGGCAUUGUGCUGAGAAAAACUUCCCCUUUCUGGGAAAAAGGACAUAGCUUCAGUGAUCUUUUGCUCCCAUGUGGCAAUGUCGUCUCUAUUUCUGCAAAUCCUGCUUGAUGAUUUCCAACGGCUUAACAGUGAACGAUCUACUGACUCGUUAAAUUUCGAGGCGGACUAAAUUUGGCACACAAACAUCGAUGAAUCGUAAACCUAUCAACCUCAUUUACCAGCAGUCGGCUUCACCUUAUCAGGAAUGAGAAGAUUAUUCGUGUCCACGGUCAUUACGGUCAUUACAGAUAUGAGAAGGUAAGUAACACUUCGGAUUACAUAAC